AUGAGCAGUAUCCCUGAUUUCGGUGCUUCGCUACCAAAGAAGUUCAAAUCUGCAUCAAUGGGUGAUAUCACAGCGUUAGAUAUCAAAACCUUGUUCAGAAUGAUUGUACUGGGUCCUUCGUUUAGUGGGAAGAAUAACCUCUGCCUAUUUAUUUUUAAAAAUGCGCCACAUGUGUUUACACACUUGACCAUUAUUGCUCGCAAUCCUCAUCAGGAGCUUUACGAAUAUCUUCGUGAUAAACUAGAUGGAUUUAUCACUUUUGCUGAUCCGGAUUCACCCCCAAGCAUUGAUCAAGUACGAAGGACUCCAAUAAACUCCAAUAAACACGAGCUUAUUAUCAUAGAUGACUACAGCAAUGAUAAGCUACUGCAGAAGAAUCUAUUCAGUCAUUAUUUCACUCGAGGCAGAUACUUCAAGCUAAGUACCAUAUUCCUUAGUCCUAGCUACUUUGCCACAGAUAAAAUGAUACGACUCAAUUCAGAGUAUGUAGCAAUUCUAAAAGCCAAUUCGAAGCGUGAUUUAGCAAUGGUACUGAAGGAUUUCGUUGAUGAACGUUCAAUCGCUCAUUGGGCUACCGAGAGAAAGGGUCAAAUGCUUUUCAUUGACUCAGUCAAGGGACAAUUGCGAUAUAAUGUUGAUCAUCCCAUUCACAUCGAUGACUAA